UCUAGGGACAAUUCAGAAAGUGAGAUGUCGCUCACACAAUUUUUUCAGGAGGGCACCAACGACAACAAAUUAAGCAUCAAAGAAAAAAAUCAUGCAGUGUUAGCCUGAAAGUAGACAAAGACGUAGAUGAGCGACUCGACAGUACAAAGUCUUACUGUCUGAGGAUUCAAUCUUCCAUCGCCACGACACGACAUCAGAUCGAAAUCUUUUUCAGACACAAAAAUGUCGACGCCCGCGGCUUCCCUGAUCGCGGCGGCCGAGACCUCCGCCGAAUCCGGGCCAGCCUGCAAGCUGAAGAAUCCAACUUCACCUCCGCAGCAGUACAAGCUGGGCGAAAAAGUGCUUUUCUUCUACGACUUCCAGCAUUCUGAACGGUCGGUCCGGUACGUCCUCGCGCGCAGGUCGAUGCAAUUUUUCGGCACGGCGGAUCCCAUCGGGUCGAAAGCGAACAGUUGCAGUGGCGAUCUUGAGGAUAGCGCAGGAGUGGUUGAUGCCGCAUCUUCACCACGCAAAGGACUACACACACUACAGGACGAGGAGCAACAGCUAAAAGAGCUGGAAAGUAAAACCUUUAGCGCGGCCGCGGAGAAAAGCAUUUGCGUUGACAAGGAACACGUUGUUGAACCAUCAGCAAACGAAGCUGUGCUUUCUGGUGCAUCGUAUUCUUCUGCCCACCAUCAAGCCGAGGUGCAAAGUCCGCCUCUGGGGAAAGAUGGGGACGAGCGGGCUGAAAUUGCACAACUGAAAACUGAAAUAGUCAACAGCACAGCAGAAGAUGAAAUUUCCAAUCAAAUGAAUAAACUCGGCGAAAGCGGCGCUGCGAACAAGGUAGCCGCUGCGAUGACUCAAAAUAAUUUUUCCAAGGCCGAAAUUGUAAACGCCGAAGACGGCGACCGACCAUCAAACGACAGAACAAGAGCACCGAGUUCUUGCUUGCAACAGCAGCAGCAGGAGCAGCACCUCACCACCUUGUUAGAGUCCACGUCGCCGACGACUAGCUACAAUCUGGCGGAGGAAGUCGACCAGGUCAUCGACGAGAGAAAGUCGAAAGUAAAAGAGGUGGACCAGGAGAUGAAAAAAUGCAAGGAAGACGGAACCGACCUUGACCUUGCGAGUGACCAGACCCGCGCAGAAGUCGAUUUUAUCAGCAAUAUUGAUGUUGUACCAGCAACCGCGGAUGAGGAACAUCAAAAGGAGCACCAGCAAGCGCAGCUGCCCUCCAACUCGUCCGAUGAUCCGUCCAAUGCUGCCGUAGACAAAAACAACGAGUACAGCACCACUUCUUACUACCAGGACUUUGACGCCGCCGAAGCGAAACUGAUGGAUGAGGAGCGGGAGUACUUGAAGCGCCCGAUCUGGGGCAUGACGCACGGCUGGGUCCCCGGCGUCAUUGCGAACGUGUACUACGAUGAAGUGGCAGACGAGGAGCAGGGGGAAAGUGAAAAAGAAGGCCCGCCGGCGGCAAACGGAGAACCAAGUGCAGCAAAUAACAUUGAAAACAAAACACCCCAGACGUCGUCGUCCGCCAGUACAACAAGAAUCUCUUGCGUCACCGUAAAGCUUCUGGACGAAGACGACUACGCAUUUGUCGAGGCGGGGGAAGGCUGGGUCGAGAAGAACUACGAGUUCAGAAUCUACGACUGGGAAAAAAUGAUCCAGAAAAUCGAUUCAUUGCCAGUUGCGGUGGAUGAAAGUGAAACCAAUGAGGAAAAUCAGCAGAACACGAAAGUAAUAAGGCCAGGUCCUGUAGUACUGCUAUCCGCACAGGACCAAGGUGAUCAAGCUUCGGCCACCGCGACAGAAGUUGAAGUGAACGCUCUAGGUGCAGCAGGGCCGGUUCUCGCAGCUACGCAAGGACAACAUGAUGCCGCACGAGCAACAGGCACAAUGGAAGAAGUGGGAAAAAACUGCCCAACGACUUCUUCUGUUGACCCUGCUGAUCCUGCUCAACUAGCAACUCACGUGGCGUCUGGAGCACAGUCUGCAGCGACGUUUUCCUCUCCGCCUGAAGAGAGCACUAGUUCUUCCACAGAGCAGCAGAGUCCGAGCGGCGCAGCAACCGCGAAUGUUCUUCAGGACAAACAAGGGGUACUUUUGCAAGCGAUGCGGGACAUCAAAAGCAAGAAGCCAAAGGUCUCGCUGUUCCUCGUCCGGUACUUCGACUACUGGACGGACAAACGCAGGUCGGAGUACAAGAUUUCCCAGGAGUGGCCCAUGUUCAGCUUGUUCGAGCACAGCGGGGUGAAGGCCUGUUUCGGCACGGAAUUCGAGGCCUACCAGCUGUUUGUAAAGAACGAGGCGUGUUUGGCCAACUUUGUGAAGGAUUUCAUCGGCGAGACCGACCACUACGAGUACGACUUUGCGAAAAAAAUUUUGAAAGCGGACACCAAAGUGGGGCUCUACUACUUGUGGCCCUGCCAGCAAAAGAGGAUCGAGGAGGAUUUAGUAGUGGACAGCAACAACUUCUCAUCUGCUAAUACAUUCUACAAGUCCACGUCGCAGUACACAACAAGAACCUCUUCGUCCACCUUCUUCCCCAAGUCCAAUUUGAUGGCCGGCAUGGUGGAGGAGCGGAAGUUUUUCGACUUUUUAGAAACGAUCGAGAGCACGGAGAUCCAGACGCGGUACCCGGCACCAGCGAGUCUGUACCGGCAGUUGUGCGGCAAGCAGUACUACAACGCGAGCUGUUUGCAGAAGUCGAUGAAGGUUCCCGCCACCUGUCGGGUGUUCGCGGCCGCCAUCCGAAAGGACCCGGUUCGCGCCGCGGAAAACGCAUUGGCAACGUUGAACAAGAUCCGGGAGACGGUGUGGGACGGGAAGGGGUUUUUAGGCGAGGACUUGAAGAAGACCAGGCAAGCAGACGAAAACAACUCAAGUAUUAGGUCUAAGUUGUCAACAAAGUCUUCUAGUACAACUGCGGAUGCUGCUCGUACUGUUCUUCAGAGUUCGGACAGCAGAAGAGAAGUUUCAUCUGGUAGGACGGCGGGAAGCAAAAUUUCCGCCUCCUCUAGUACCGCGGGCGCCCCCGACGUUUUCGCCUUCGAAGAUAUCAAAUCCGACUCGAAAACAACAACCGCAUCGUCUUCUUCCGGUGGCGCAACGAGCGGCUCACGGGCGUCUGCACCGGGGUCUCCAGAUGUUGACUACUGCCCGGAUCGGUCUUGCGAACAAGCUGUAGUGCUGCCGGCCGAGGAAAGCCACGCAGCGGUCCCAAGAACAUCUCCUGCAGCUGCGUUACCUGCCGAAGAAGUUGCCUCUUCAGACGUUGUUUUAAACAUCGUCGAGAACAACAAGAAGCCAGAGGAGAAAGUUUUCCCGUACGUGAACUCCGGUGUGGUAAAACUAGGGUUUUCGUGGAUGGGCGUCGAUGUCGAGAAGUUUGACGGCGUGACCGACUUGGCCGAAAAGUUGACGAAGAUGAUCAACCGCAGCGAGGGCCAGAUUGCCACCUCCGUUCUCGUGCAGGAGCUGGUGCCGCACCGAGUCGCGGAACUGCGGAUUCACGCGUUCUGUGUGCCCGAGGAAAAUAGGUUUCGGAAACCCGUGAAAAGGCCGGGAGACGGUAAGGAAACGACUCAGAAGAUUAUACCUGCGUCGGCCAGUUGUUGUGCUGAUGAGCAGGAAAUGAAUGGAAACAACCUCAAGAUGAACAAUCCAGAACGUCGUCCCAACAACUCCCUCGAAGAAACGAACUGCGAAGCGAAAACAGCGGAACAUCAAGAGGCAGAAAACAACAGCUUCGCGGAGUACAGCCAGCAAAUAACGCAGGAUGGCAAUUUCGAUAUGAAAGUCGUUUACCUCCCGCUGAACGGUGCCAAUGGGUUUGCAAUGACGGGACACCAGUGCAUCACGCCGGCGGAGGCGCUGGAACAGAUCUGGAACAACGAUCGAGUGGCCCAGGAGAUGGCGGAAAAGGAAGCCAGGGAAUUAACAAGACAGUGGUAAGAUACGAUUUCUUUUUAUUCUUUCCGUCUACGUUGUAUCGGAAAUGAAACACUUACGAUCAUGAAGAUGAACUCGCCUAGGAAUUCUUGUUUCACGCAAGGCAUUUGUACGAAUCGCAUAAACAAAUGGAUGGUCGUUGUUCGCCACGAUUUGCACAAUUCAUGAUGAAAAACAAAAAUGCACAAAGGUUGAGAUGGUAUGCGUCAGAGUGGUCCGACAAUCUGUGCCCUGCAAACGCCCGAUUCGAUUACCAUGUGGUUUACCGAAGCGAUAAGUCAAGGAGUGGAAGCAAGACGACCAAUGAGGUUGUGUCCAGCACUGUUAAUGGUAUUUCAUCAGCAUCUUGCAGCAGCACAAGCGAGAAAAAUAGCGACCGCACGGUAGAGCCUUCGAAACCCGAACCCCUUGCGACUACAAUUUCUACAUCCGGUAACACGAGACGAAAAGCAGUACACGAACAGGCGGACACGACAUCAUCUUUAGACACGGCAAACAAAGAAAGCGACAACACGGUCUUCGAACUACAGGACAGACAUAGUAAACUGCCCCCGUCCCCCAUUUCAUCCUGUACUUCUACACAGCCUGUAACAUCAAAUGCAACAGCGUCUUCUACUUCUCAUUACAACGACAGGACAACACCAGCAACACCAGCACAGCAAUCUUCAACCGUGGAACAAAUAAAUGCGUCGAAGGUUGGUCCCUCACUUUUUUUGUGUGAGGUGACAGAGUGCGGCGCCAGUCUUUGCGGCUUUCCGAUUGAAAGCCGCAACACCGCGAUCGUUAACUCGUUCGGGUGCAGAGGUUAUUCCCUGGACUGGCCUGUGGGGGACUGGGAUACUUUUGCAGAAAAAGACGAAGCCUCGGGGCGAAUGUUCUACCAUUGGCCUGGGAAUUCUUAGGGGGUUCGCGUAGUGUUUCCAACAGUGACAUAUUUAGUUUUAGCAUAUCGAAGCUGCGCGACAAACGACAUGAAGCAUGAGCUUCAGCCUAAGCCUAAUUGUGUACGUGUGCGUGUUUAUCCGAAUAGCUACCAAAAUUUAUAUUCUAUUGCCAAUGCGAAUGCUACUCAACACCAGUGAGCAUAGUUUUUUAAGAAAGGUCCUGGCGAACGACAGGAAUCCCUGUGUUUUUUCAUUUUCGUCUGCUUGUAGAAGCUCAAGUUUGAUAUCCGCAUUGUCGUGUGUAUUGGUUCGUUGUAGUGCUACUGCUGUCUUAGUCUCCUCUGUAAAGUUUUCCUCGUGGUUCAUUUCUACAAAGAAAUUUUCGCACAACGCUGCAAUGAAAAUGAUAAUUCUGUAUGAAUGAAGAGUGUGAGUUCUGUCAGUAAGUAUUCAAUGCGCGGCUUCCUCUUCCUCGUCAUUCACCGCUCCUGUUGCAAGAUAGAUUCUGCGCAUCAAGUUUGAUUUGAGCAAGGCUUACAUCACAUCAGCCGCUUCUAUUGUGUGCUUACCACGCGAGCAUAGCGAUGUCGUCACUUUUCGAGCAACCAAUAGCACUGCUUUGUCGGUUUGUGGAGCUGCUGUUUUCGUCAUCAGCAAAAAACCACUAUAAUCGGUUUAU